AUGGGCUUCGGUUGGAAGAUGGUCGACAUGUACCGCUCCCUGACAAGCACCAAUCGGGGCCUUGCCACUCUUCCGGAACCACUGCCAGAUGCAAUGACCUCAUUUCGUGAGAUGCCAGAUGAGUCUGACUCCCUGAUGUUUGCAGAUAUCCAAUCGAUUUACAAUUAUCUUCGCCGAAACCGGCACAUGAAGAUUCCCCAGCAUUGGAAGGAACUUGAGAUCCAGGAUCUCAAGAUCACCAGUGAGAAUGUGCCCAGCAUCGAGUCCAUGGAAACGUUGCAGGCCACGGAAACUCAACUUGCUGAAGCUCACCAUGGGUCUGAUGCAAAUGGUGACUUGGUGAGCCCUGGACCGGGGACACCCGAGAUGUGUCCCCACACACCCCAAGUGGAUGGCAAUACUACUCCUACAGCAGUGACACCAGUUCAACCCGAUGUGGUCAGCCCGGUGAAGACGCAGAACCCUACAAGCCCAGCAGAAUCCAAACCUGCCAAGGAUGAAGCAAAGCCUGAGACUCCUAGACCUCCAGCUACCCCUCAAUGCGCCGAUGGUGGCGAUUUGUCUGUUGGACCCAAGACCGUCAAGACCCGCAAGGAGAGGUUGGAGGAAGCUGCAAAGUCCCAGGUGCGUCACAUGUGCACACUCAAGAAAAAGAAGGUGGCUUUGAAUCUGCCCGCGUGGGUGGUUGAAGAGUACCAGAAGCGUCCCAAAGUUGAAAUGGCGAGGUUGCUGAUGAAUUGCAAUUUCGACAAGGCCAGGCAACGGAUCAACGGAGCAAAGAAAGCCUGCGAGGCCAAGAAAGAAACGCACCUCAGGCGCAACCAGUACGAUGACGUUGAAGAGUUCUAUGUUGAUAUCCGUGAAAAAGGCCAACGUAAGGAGAAGGAGGUACAUGAGGAAACCAGAAGAAGCAAGGAACAGCUUCAGGAGGCUGACAAGCCCGCCUUGUCUGCAGAUGCUUUCAAAGGCUUGGACCGCCUGAAGGACCGAGAGGCAGCUGACAAAGCGACCUCUACCCCUGGUGCUAAUCCUGCCAACCAAGCAUUGGAGAUGAAGAGACGGCUUCAGAAAUUCAUGGACUCCAUGGUGCAGAAGUCUGGCAAGUGCCGAGCUCUCAUCCGAGACAUUCGAGAUGAGUAUAGCAAGAGUGAUCUGUUGAGAAGGGAAGCCGACAAGUUGGAAGGCAAGCUUGUUGAUCUGGACAAGCAGCACGAAAGCUGUAACAAUGUGAUGGCCAAGGGAGAGGUCAGUGGAUAUCCACCGGAGUGUUCUGCUGCCUGCGCCCAAGAAGCGAAUGUGAAGAAAUAUGAAAAGAAGGACACUGAAGAGAAAAAGCCCAAAAAGGACAAGGAGUCCAAGGUGAAGGAUUCUAAGGUGAAGGAUCCUAAGGGCAGAAAGGACAAGAAGGGCAAGAAGGAUGAGGAGGCUGAGGCUGAGGAUGACCAGCCAAAGCCAAAGCGAGUGCCGGCAAUGCUCUCAAAGCCUUUGUUCGAGACAUUGGUGAAGGCCUCCAGCUGCGCAUCGGCUAUCAGAGCCGCCAAAGGCGUGGUUGAGGACAUAGGGGAAUCAUGCGCUGCAAAAAGCAAAGGACUUGUUGACUUGAGCAAAUGCUCAGUGUCGCAUAGCGAAAGAGAUAUGGAUGUGGUCACUCGGAAGUUCAACCUCAGGCUUCCAGUGCCCAUUACCCACUUAGACAAGAUCCCUGGAAUGCGGUACACUGGUAGCUUCGAUGCCAUCUCUUUGCAAGAUUGGUGCAAGUUUUUGAUCAACUACAAUGUUUGGCACGUGAUGUGCGGUCUCAGGAAAGCAGAUCGAAACCGUGAAUGUAUGAUUUUGAGUGAGUUUUGGAAGAGGUACAAAGUUGCCAAUCCAAACAGUGGGCUUUGGGCUGAGUUCCAACAAUACAAUGUUGACGUUUCUCGUUGCUGCCCCUUGGUGCUGCACGGCGAUGAAGGUCGUGGAAGGAAGAAAGCCCCAUUUCUGAUCACAGCGUAUCAUAGUGUUAUCGGGUUUGGAACAGCUGCUGCAAAUGCGAGUCGCACUCACAGAGCCUACCUUCGCAUGCGCUUGAACUACAGUGAGAACAGCAACAUCCACAGAAUGUUGACAUGUGUGCUCCCGAAGAUGAACAAGGAUGACCUAGCAUUGAAGGCGAUUCUGAAUUUCAUCACCAACGACUCUUUGCAUGUACUCCGGCAUGGUGUGGAGAGCGAACAUGGAGAUCGAUACUUCAUGGCUGUUCUCAACGUGACGGGAGAUUGGGCAUGGCUUGCAAAAUGUGGAAAUCUGGCAAGGUCAUAUUCAAAUGUGGAGAAGAGGCCGCGUGGCGUCUCUUCGGUGCCGCGAGGGGUGUGCCAUUGGUGCAAAGCUGGGCAACUCAAUGUCCCAUUUGAGGACUUCAGACGGAGACCUCUUUGGAAGAGCACUUGCUUCGAGGCAGGUGACAAUCCUUUCACAUCGGUGCCAACCCUCUUGCAACUUCCACACGAUCCUAACAGACCUGCUUCGUUCUUCAUUUACGAUUUCUGGCAUUCAUUUCACUUGGGCCUUGGCAAAACAUGGCUUGCAUCAGUUUUGGCUUUGAUUUCAGAUCGCAUGGGUUCCAGCAACAUCGAAGGGAGAUUUGCAGAAUUGACAGAUCUGUACUUGCAAUGGUGUGACGAGCAACAUGAAACUCCAUACCUGACGGCCAUCAGCAAGGAAACGAUUGGAUGGAUAGAUCGCCAAAAGUAUCCCAAUGGCUUUUGGUCCAAAGGCCAUAUCACUGUGGCCUUGUUGAGAUUUGUGGGACACUGGCUGAGGACGCAUUCAAAUGAAAUUGCUGAUUGUCCAAUGUUAUCACAAUGCGGCUUGGCGACGGAACAAAUCAACGAAGCCAUCUCUUCCAUGUACCGACAGGAUGUUUGGAUGAAGAGAGAUGUUGCAAAUGACAUUGGCAACAAGGGACUUUCCUUUGUGGAGACCUACGGUCGUUUGGCGCGAUAUGCCUUUGACAAUUCAAAGGCUUUGUGGGCUCUGAUGCCGAAGGGGCAUGUCGUCCAUCACCUAUUCAGUGACCUCUUUGAAGCUGCUGACGAAUGGGUGAUUAACCCACUGGUAUUCGCCGUGCAAAUAUCAGAAGAUUUUGUGGGCAAAAAAUCGCGUCUAGCCCGUCGAGUUCAUGCGACGCAAGUCAUCAGACGGGUUUUGGAGCGAUCGUUGGUAUCAUCCCAUCAACACUGGACGGAUGCAGGAUUUUUUCAGGGAUGA